AUGGACACCGACCCUACUCGACUGUUUCUUGGGGCUGUGCUAUUCCUCACUGUGGCCACCAUUGCCACAUGGUGGGGUGGAAAGCACAAUGCCAGCGAACCCCCCUCGCUGGGAGGAUCCAUGAUUUCCAACACCUAUCAGUACAUGACUGACAUGCAUGGCUUCCUACAGAGAGUCAGUUCAGCCCAGCUCAAGAGCAGAAUCGUCAAAUUCCGAUUGGGCCCAAAGAAGAUAUACAUGGUCUCCGGGGAGAAGAACAUCCAAGCCAUAAACAGACCCUCGCACAGUAUCAGUCCAGAUGUCUUCUUCAUCGACGUCAUGGCCAACGUCUGGGGUGCGAAGACCGAGGAGCUGGCCAGCUUUGCAGCGGAUAAGUCCGGUCGAAGCAAGAACCAAAUCACAGGACACGAAGUCAAGCCUGGGCAAGCACGGCUAUGGCAUGGGCAGCACCAUGUCUACUCUGAAUACCUUCAGCGAACGGACCAUGCCAAUGCACUAAGCGACAAAUAUAUGGAACUCUUCAACCAGCGUCUUACCAAUCAGCCUUUAGGGGAGUGGAGGGAGGUUAGUCUCUCCGAGUUCUUUCACAGGGAAAUGGCUGAAGCUGCGUUGGUUGCCCUGAUGGGGUCUCGGAUUGUCGAGCUGAACCCAGACUUCUGGCCGGCCAUGUGGGAAUUCGCUCGUCUCGCACCGCGGCUCAUGUGGGGGUUACCCCGAUGGAUGAGUCCCAAGCCAUGGAAGAUCCGCAGUGAGUUCCACGGGAUGUGUCGGAGGUACCUUGAUGCAGGCGAUAGAGAAUUCGACUGGGAUGGCCCCGAUGUCGAUGCCGAGUGGGAACCCCUUUAUGGGUCUAGGAUGGCUCGUGAGUUAAUUGCUUGGUCGAAGAAUCAUCUAUCGCCCGAGACUACAGCGGGCAUGGUGGCAACAUUUGUAUUCGGCACAAAUGCCAACUCGGUACCUAUGUCGCUGUGGGCGAUGAUGGAGUUGAUCGCAGAUCCGGAACUAUAUCGGGCAGUACGAGAAGAAUGCCUGGCCGCAAGCUCGGUAGACCUAGUUACUGGAAAGCGAACAUUCGACCCCCAGAGCUUGCUCUCGAAGCCGUUGUUACAAUCAGUCUACAUUGAAACUCUCCGUCUGCAUAUAUCGAUCAACGUUACUCGCGAGGUCACCCAGCCUAUCAACCUUGAUGGUCAUCUUCUGACCCCUGGGUCUCUCAUUCAAGCGCCGAGUCAGAUUGGACAGUACAACGAAGCUGUCUGGGGCACGUCUGAGUAUCCUGCAGCGCAGUUCUGGGCUGGUCGCCAUUUAAAGCAUGAUGGUGGUAAGGCCGAAUUCACGAUGGCUGGUAAAACGUCUUCUUUUUUCCCUUUCGGUGGAGGGCCAUCAAUCUGCCCCGGGAGGGUAUUUGCUAAGCAAGAAAUCCUAAUGACUAUUGCCGCGCUGGUAACCAGAUUUGAGAUAGAGAUGAUUGACUGGGUGCAUCCCGACGGAUCCAAGUCCGACCGGCCGCCUCAAAAUGAUCAGUCGCACAUCGGAGCCGUCGGAAUCCCACCAGACCGGGACAUGAAGAUCCGAUGGAAGAGGGUGUGGUAG